AUCAUGGGUGGGGGGCUGCCCGCCAGCUGUGCCCAGCAGGGACCCUGCCCAUUCCCAGAGCAGGACCGGGUGUCCCCACCAUGUCCCCACCAUGUCCCAGCACAGAGCCAGCACAGCACAGGCAGAUGUGGCCAUUCCCAGGCAGGACGCUGAGUGCGAUAAGAGGGGGCCGUGAGGCUGAGGAGCCCCUGUGCCCACAGCGUGGGACAGUCCCCACAUGGCAGUGGCAGGUGGGGCCACUCCAAGGUCACCAGCAGUGUGGACACUAUAAGAGGGGAGAGCAGCCCCACUGCAGCACCUUUGAGCACCGCAACCAUGCUGGGAGCCAUCUGCCUCUUCGUGCUGCUGGGCUAUGCCUACGGAUGCGGCCAGCCGGCUGUGCCACCACAGCUGAGCAGCCCGUGUUCGGCUGGGGUUGACGCCGUAGCCCACAGCUGGCCAUGGCAGAUCUCACUGCAGUACUCCCGCUCUGACGCUUGGCACCACACUUGUGGUGGGACCCUCAUUGCUCCCCAGUGGGUGCUGACAGCUGCCCACUGCAUCAGCUCUUCCCUGACCUACCGUGUGGUGCUGGGCAAGCAGGACCUGGCAGUGGAUGAUGAGGCCGGCUCUGUGGCUGUGGGUGUGGAGAAGACCAUCGUCCAUGAGAAGUGGAACUCCAUCCUUGUCCUGAAUGACAUUGCCCUGGUCAAGCUGGCAGAGGAGGUGCAGGAGAGUGACACCAUCCGUGCUGCCUGCCUGCCGGACGCUGGCAAGGUCCUGGCCAACGACUACCCCUGCUAUGUCACCGGCUGGGGACGCAUCAGGACCAACGGGCCCCUGGCCGAUGCCCUGCAGCAGGCUCUGCUGCCCGUGGUGGAUCACGAGACCUGCUCCAAGUGGGACUGGUGGGGCAGCCUGGUGCGCACCACCAUGGUGUGUGCCGGCGGUGACGGCGUCGUCUCUGGAUGCAACGGCGAUUCUGGCGGCCCCCUGAACUGCCAGCGUGAGGAUGGCGUCUGGGAGGUGGAGGGCAUCGUCAGCUUCGGCUCCGGCCUGAAAUGCAACAUGAUCAAGAAGCCAACGGUCUUCACCCGCGUGUCUGCCUACAUCGACUGGAUCAACGAGAAAAUCAGCACCAACUGAGGACACAGCACGGAGCACAAAUACUGAGUGUAAUAAAGGCAAUAGUGCUG